ACAACUGCCUCUCUUACAAUGGAUGCCACCUCAGUGUCACCUUUUAUUGACCUUAUCCCUUUCCUCCUCCGUCUUCCUCCGGCUCUAGUCUGUGCCGGAGGACAUGGAGGGCGUGGUUCCCGAAGAGCUCCGGCAGCGAAUAGAGCGUAUCCUCGCCUUUCCUGUGGAGGGCGGGGCGGGGGGGCAGGGCGAACACCUCCCCGAGACUCCGCCCACUCCCAACACCCGCAUUGAAGCCACCAGAGCGCCGGCAGGAGGACUCCUUCAGGACUAUUUGGACCAACUGGAUCCUGACGAAGAAGAGGAACUCAUGUUUCAGGGGUCUGAAAGCGAAGAAAACGAAGCCGACGACGAUCUCUUGUACGACCCUGAGAAGGAGACCUACACGACCCCUUACUUGCUCUUCUUGCAGCACGCCAAGUCGAGAAGGAGGGACUUCGCGACGCAGUCUGCGGACCUCACGGACGACUUGGCUCAGAACGGCGAGGCCAGCUCCUCCAGGGACGACGAGGAGGGGGGUCGCGACGGAGCAAGAGGUCGUACCGGACACCGAACGAUGUCCAGCGUCGUCGAGACCACCAGGACGACCACUUCCGCUGACCCGACGACUCUCAAGGAUGACCAGGAACUCACUGACACUGGAGGCGGAGGCGACUCCUUGGCUGUGCCUGCUGGUGCCACGACAGCGCCCUUCGUCCCGUCCGUGAAGGCGCUGCGGAAGGAGAAGGAGGAGGACCCGGCGUCGGGGGGCAGAGCAGACGACACAGCAGAAGAAACCGUCAGGAAGAACGAGGACAAACUGAGGAAGUCCGUCGCCCUCGCGCUCUUCAGGGACUUCGCCAAGACGGUGUUCGCCAAGAGUCAGCCGGGGUUCAAGCUGUUCGACGGCUUCGAGGAACUGCCGGAAGGAUCCAAGGAUUCGGACGAGGCGAGAAAUUAG